AUGAAACAAGCCCUGUGCGCGGUCUUUCGGGGCAUUAAGGAAGAGGCUGCCGACCUGCGACCGAAUGGGAUCGUGUAUGUGACCUUGGGGCUUUUGAGUUUCAUGCUCCUGUCCAAGUACAUAAUAGCCGUGCCAGUAAUAGUACAGAUGCUGGUCUACACUGUCCCCAUCAUCUACCUGGGUUCCAUGUUUUCGCUAAACGUUAAAGCGGCUCCGAACACAACAGGACAAGCUCCGCAAGUUGAAGUCAUUUCCAAGACUGACGCUCUGCUCUUCCCUCUAAUAGCCUCUGCUACCUUGGUCUUAAUGUAA